AUUCAACCGGCUUGCCUCGUUUCAAUCCAGAUUGACUCAGCUGAGGAAAACACUGUUCAAAAUCUUUUCUUGAGUUCACUUGACAAGAACUGAUUCAGAAGCCUCAAUUAAGCCUAUAUGUCUGUUGGAGUGUAAUCUAGCUGCAGACAAGAAGGCAACUUUGUGUGCUUUCACAUUAUUUUUAUAUUCGUUUUAGAGGAGGCAGCGUGUCGGUGACAUUUCGACUUCAAAAUGUCGACUUUCGUCUUUGACGCUUUCCAGGACUCUGAAAACCAAACAACACGUCGGGUGAAAAAUGCACCAAGGAAUAAUGCACCCAAAAGAGCUGCUUUGGGUGUUAUAACCAACCAAGUCAGAGUACAGCCUUUCAGAGCUGCUAAGGCUGGCACAGAAGCAUUCCAAGAUGAAAAUACAUUUUCAAGACAAGCAAAGACUUUUGGGCAGAAGGAGGCUGCUCAGCCAUUUUCCAUAUUUGUUGAUGAUCAGAAAACAUUACAAGAACUCAAGCCAGUGUCUGCUAACAUGGUGGCAAGUGCUGAUACCAAAGUGCAAUUGACAGACGCUGUAACAACUUUAAACCGUCUCCGUGAACCUCUUUCUACAGCAGCAAACAACUCUCUUAUUUGCAUAGAUGACAGUAUUGAUUCUCCCAUGGUGCUCGAUAUUUCACAUGAUGUAGCAGAAGAGGAGAAAAAACCUUUAAACAGAGAAGCUAUUAUCACAACUGUCCCAGAGUAUGCAGAAGAAAUUUACACACAUUUAAGAGAAGCUGAACUGAAAAACCGACCCAAAGCUGGCUACAUGAAGAAACAACAAGACAUCACAAGUUCUAUGAGGUGUAUUCUGGUCGAUUGGUUAGUGGAAGUGUCCGAGGAAUACAACCUUCAUCGCGAGACGCUGUUCCUUGCCAUCAACUACAUAGACCGUUUUCUGUCCACAAUGGCUGUCCAGAGGGGCAAACUGCAAUUAGUUGGUGCAGCAAGCAUGUUCCUUGCAUCGAAAUAUGAAGAGAUCUAUCCCCCAGAUGUUGGAGAGUUUGCUUACAUCACAGAUGACACCUACACAAAGAAACAAGUAUUGAGGAUGGAACAUCUCAUCCUAAAAGUACUGAAGUUUGACAUCUCUCCCCCCACUGCUAACUGGUUCUGUGACCAUUUCCUCAAGCAAGCUGGCUGUGACGACAAGACCAAAUCACUCGCAAUGUUGCUGAUUGAGCUGAGCUUGGUGGAUUGUGAAACGUUCCUGAGGUACAGCCCAAGUUUACUGUCUGCGGCCGCCACAUGUCUAGCCAGCUACUCCAUGGGAGCUGAGCAACCAUGGCCUGCCAGUAUGGUGAAGUUGACGGGGUACGAGUUGUGCCACUUGGUUGAAUGUCUACAGGAUCUCUACAAUACAUACUGCAAUGCUCCAAAGCAACCACAGCAGGCCGUCAUCGAGAAGUACAAACACACCAAACAUCAUGAAGUAUCAAACUUCAGUAAGUACCCACCCCCAGCUCAGCUGUCGUUAUAGACCAAGUGACAGGAGUCGGGAAUCCUGGAGCUGUAAUCGGGGAAGUCCCCAGUCCCAACCCAGGGGGCUAUGCGCUUCCCUGCAUGUGGCCCACACAGGAGUACGUGUCAUACCAAGUUCUUUCAUAGCUGUGGUCUGUCAAACCAUUUGACGUGCCGGUACAACCAGCUACACCAACUGCCAAUUGUGUGUUCAAGGGAGAGGAUGUGGGUUGGAACUAAGUUUUAAUGAGUUGUGUAUGCUUCUUCUCUGAACUCUGGAGCAAGACUGAUACUAUGAACUGAUUUAUUUUGAGUUCCUUCCAACCACACAUUGAACUUCAGAAGAGAGGAAAUUGCAGCCAAUCGUGUUAAAUUGAGUCCUAGGUGCAAUAAUGCUUCAUUUUAUGUUUUCAUUGAAACCUGAUCAUCGCCAUCAUAAAUCUUCGUUUCUGGUGAUAUUAUUAUUUGAUUUUAAAUGACUGAACUAUUUUUUAUCAUCACACUACUUUUAUACAAUCCAAUGGUUUUUGUCAUGUGAAUGAAAUGUGAAGUUUUGAGGUUUUAUACUUUACAGAACAUUUUUUAAAAAUCGAUGUUAAUAUACAGGGGCAUUGAUUACUGAAAUUUUAGUCUGAGGGUAUUUCUUUAUAAGUUGUUUUAUGUAACUAAUGGAAUGCUUUCCCCUUAAUCAAUGUAAAUUACUGUUUCAUUUUAUUUUAAAGAAAUCAUGAACCAAAUAAUUCAUUUUGCUAAGUUUGAUGGUGCUAUUUUAAGAUUUUACAUUUUCAUUGCAAAAGAUACUUCUUUUUCGCCAGCAAUAAGUUCUUGGCUUCUGGAGAUAUUCAAACAUGCUAUUUAACUGCAGCUGUACUAAAUAUGACCCAUUGUUUUUGAAAGAAUAACCAAGAUAAUGUAUUUUUGUAUAUCAUUUUGGAUUUUGUGUGGAGUUUAGUUAAAGACCAAUGAAAUUAACUUGAAAGCUUUAUCAAAUAGUCCUUAAUAUAGGUUUUAUGAAGUAAAAAUUAUUCAAGAGAGAAAAUAAAUAUUCAAAAGAAAAACAGGACUGGUAUUAAAAUUAGCAUAUAUUUGAAAUUAAGCAUGGCCAAUAAAAUUUGUUUCUUUUUUAAUUGUUUAAAAAAAAAUUGUAUGCUCAACACUUCUUGAAUUUAGCAAAAUGAGGGAAAUUGGAAUUCAGAAUUGAAUUCUGCGAGUGUAAUUUAAGAUGCACUUAUCUAUUCAGCUACAGCCAACACUAGUAUUGAAACCGUCACAAUUAAUUUAUUUGCUUUCAAAACAUGGAUAUAUUUUUGUUACAUUAGCACUUUUUCUUAUUUAUUUUAAUCUGAUCAUUUACCAUCAUGACACAUAUGGUUAUCUGGUGUAAAACCCAAAAGGCUGCUAUCAACAUGUAUAAUAUCAUUGGGAACGAAGAACAAAUUUGUAGGAACAUCAAUCAUAGUCAGAAAUGAUUCUCAUUAUUCAUAAGUAUUUUUUACCCCAUAAUGUAUCAUUGUGAUUGUCUUUAUUUAUCCAUGCCUCUUUUCUGCCAUUCUGUUAGCACCUGUGUACAUACUGUUGCUCUCUGUACAAACUUUUACUGUUGUCUUUAUUCUGUCUUCUGAGGAUGUUACUAAAGUGAUCAUGUGUGUUUGCUGAUGUCUGUAAACUUUGAACAAAAAUUAUGUAUGAUUGUGUUAAAUUUAUUUUUAUGAAUGCUUUGUAUGGGAUGAAUGUCUUUUAGUGUAAUCGCAUGAUGAGGUGAAAAUGUAAAUUUUUAUCUGGUGCGGCAGAUGAAGUAAGAACCCUAUAAAGGGGGCAUGUUUUUACAGUAACAGAGGGCAGCACAUUCCCAUCAUAUUGUUGACUUAGGGAUUAUUUCAUCAUGAUUAUUAUAUAUUUAAAUUUGUGUGUAGAUAAUGAAUUUUACAUAUAAAACUUUUUAAUUAAAAUAAAA